GAUGAGGGACUUAUAAAUAAAAGCCUGCAAGGUUUAUCAAUAGUUGGGCAAGUCAGCGGUGCGUGAGUGGGUUUCAAUAAGCGAUCAUCGUAAUAUACUAGCAGCAUGGGCUUCUCAAGGGAUGUUUGUUUCAAGUGACAUGUUUGGUGUCAGUGAUCGUCAAUCGUUCUGUGACAGAUGACUUAAGUUUUAAUGGAGAAUGAUUCAGAGGUCUCUGAUGCACAAUAACCAACCCUCCGCUUCACAAUGAUGGAAAUAGAGACUGCUACCUGUCUGCCUACCAGUGAGAAGCUAACCGCACACGAUAGCCUGUCCCUGAACGCACUCGCCCAGCACACUUCCGUCUCCCUCACUUCUGCCUUGCACCACUCAUCGGUCUUAGAAAGCAGAAGUGCACCCAACGGCAACAUGAUCGUGGAAUCUUCCAGCCACGAGUCGGAACCAGCCGUUGCUCAGCCCCUUUCCCCAGAAUCCCACCAGCUCCAAGAAGAGGCAGCAGACAUGACCGGCAACAUGGUCAAACCAUCCCCUGACGAUGUCAUCACCACAAGCAAUAACCUACAACAGUCCGACGAAUCUGGGGAGAGCUCGUCCUUGUCCCCUCCCGAAGUCGGGCACCCUGCAACUGCCGACCUGGAGACUGGAUGCAGCAACAGCCCGCAGUCCAUAGAGAGUUGCCCCGAAAGACCGAGGUCAAAGCGAAAACCGACAUUAGAGGACAUUGUCCGACGCAUGAAGACUUCUGAGACCUACUGCAGUGAUGACAGUGAAGAAGAAAUGAUGAACGGCUCCCUGACAAUCGACAUGGCUCGCGGUGGAGUGGAUGAGGUUGAUGGAGGCUCGACGGACAUGAGCUGCCAGGAUAUGGAUGUUAAGGACGGGGAUCAUUCCCUGCGUUUGUCCGAAACACCUUCUGUCGAGCUGGACAGCGAGGAUGGACAUCACCGGCCACCCAAUGGGCUGCAACAUCAUCUCCCGCCCCACGUCAUUGACAAUCUGGAGCACCAGAAAGAAAACCAACCACUCCCGCCUGGCAACAUAGGCGGCAUGCCUUCCACUAUGCCCAUGGCUUCCAAUAUCAGUGAAACUGCUUACUCUCCACAUGUGUACGCAGCUUCCAAAAUAAACAACUGGUUCCACGGGUCCUUCAACGGUCUGCCCCUCUUUCCAUUCCCCCCAAGUCCCAUGGAUCAUAACUUGGCCAGAAAGUAUCUUCCAUUCGAAACCAAAUUAGCUGCUGAGGUGGAGAAGGACUAUUUAAAGUGCCAGUUCUGUGAGAGGACAUUUCGUCGUCAGAAGAACCUGGAGAAUCAUAUCGAGAACACUCACCAUGGCAAGGGCCCGGUUCGACGAGCCCGCUCCGAGAACGGGAGCGACAUGUACUUCAAGUGUACCCACUGUCCCUACACUACAAAGCACCAGAGCAAUCUCUAUGUUCAUCUAAGAAUACACACAGGUGAACGACCCUACAUCUGCGGAGCCUGUGGAGUUCAGUACAGUCAGAGUCACAGCCUCAAGAGUCACAUCAUCAACAAGCACGAUGGCAUCAUGUCCUACUACAUCAAGGAGAAGCGAACUCGCUCGCCUCGUGGCAUGGGCUACAUGGCCACCCAAGUCCUCCCCGAGUCCCCCAUGUUCAAGAUGCCCACUCCUCCGAUCAUGUCUCCUCACAUGAACCAACAAGCCAACAUAGAUCUCGCUGCCAAAACCAUGGAAAUAGCCAAGAACGCUAUAGAGAACAUGGUGUCUCAGCCGCUUCCCAUUAACAAGUCUAGUCCACAUAUCUCAGUCAAUGGCCAUGCUUCACCGCACUAUGCCGACCUGCCACACAACCGUAGCCCCGGCUCGCUGCCGCACACUCCAGCCAAUGGCCACAUGUCCCACAGUCAACACCCCUCGACCCCAGCGUUCCCGACCAGCACCCCCUCGCAGAUCAACAACAUUUUGGAGGAGUCCUGCGGAGCCAUCGACCUCAGCAAGAAGACGAGCUUGAAGGAACACAUGUUCAACUCAAUCCACGACAAAUACAACCGCUUCCACGAUAAGGCCACUUGCAGCAACUGCAUGCACGGCGCCAAACUGCGAAUGCUGCGUCUGAAUGUCGUACGCAUGUUGAGCAUCCUGGUCCCGAAUUUGAAUUUUGAGGAGAAGGGAAUCAGUGCAGACAGCGACUCUGUGGACGAAUUGCUGCAGGAUGUCAUCGAGAGCAACACCCACGAGGAGGAUAUGGCUGAGUAGUUCUAGGCUCGGAGAUAUGGAUGGAGGGUAUGGAUCUUCAAGUCCAGAAACUGUACUCGAUCUGCAAUGACCUGAUAGACUUGCUGAUGGUUGCGACACUCUCUGAUCCCCAGAUUGGUAUGGAGCUACCGUUCAAGGUCAAGCAUUAGCAGUCUCUUGUUCCUUUCUGACUCGUCACGUAGACAAUCCUGAGCUGGUGACAUGCUUGUUGGACACUAAGGGUUUAAAGGACAUAUCUUGGUAUUUUUGGACUUUCGCUGAAGAUCAAAUCAAGUGCUGAAUAUUUUACUGAAAACUGUCUCCAAAGAGCGCAUUGGUUUUGAUGUGCUUUGACCUUGGUGCAUGAACUUCUCCUAUUGGAGAGAGUGCAAUACCACGUCGGUUAUCACGCCACAAUCCAUCAGACGUAGCUACCAAACAGUCAAGUCUCAUCACUCGCUGAAGACGCUGUUUGCCUCAGCGACCCACAUAUCCAACAGCCAUAUCUCAAACGUGUAAUAAUCUCAGUAUAUAUCUCAUUGUGUCAUCUCUCUAUAUAUAUAUAUAUUAUAUAUAUAUUGUGUGUGUUUGGUUUUGAACACACAUUCUCGUCACAAGACUUGGACCAAGAUUGAGUAUUUUGAUAGUGCCAGAGUAUUAGAGAUAUUUUGGACAUUAACAUAUCCAUUCCUUUGUUUCUUGGCUUUUAGGCCGACCAAGGUUUGUCAAACUACUUGUUGCCAUGACAACUGUUAUUCACCAAUCCAAAUCAUCAUCAUUGUUUACUUCAUCCAACCAGAGCGAGGCAUUCCUGUUUGUCAUCCAAUCAGAAUUGAGAACCAUACUAGAUGCUUGAAGCAUUCCAUUUGACCUUGCACAAAACCAAAGUUGUAAAUGAUGGAACCCAAACUCCAUUUAUUCUAUAUAUGAAUCAUGAUGUAUAUUUCUAAUUGUGGUAGGGGUGAGGCCAGCAUUGUAACCUUCCCUCCUCCCCCUCUCCCCUCCCCCUCCCCCCAGUUGUGGAUACUUUGUGCCCUUAUACCCAGGAACUAACCCUGUGUACUUAAUGGUUGUGAGAUUAGCUUGGUAGGUGUCCAUAGGUCAGUGUAGUCACCUCGUCCUGUCGUGGGUAGAACCAGUGGUAGAACUAGCCUUGUUGAAAUGUUGAAGUGUCUCUCCUUGACCUUGAUGAAACUUUCUGUCCUAAGCUGAAGCAAUAACAGAGAGGUGCAGCUGAUAAAUCCCAUUGCAAACUUAGAGAAAAAUCUCUGUAAGAUUUUCCUAUUUAAACUGCUAGCAAAGUUAAUUAUAUUUUUAUAAUCUGUGUUCGUGCCCCUGAUCGGUCUUGUGUGUAUAUUUCUCCUAUAUGUCUUCCGUCUAGGAAAGGGGCCCUAUCUGUGCUGAGGUUUCCAUGGAGUUGACAACAGUUUAUCGGUUACCUAGCAACCAGGGUUGUGAGAAUCCCUCUGCCUUGAGGUAUUACUGCCGAGAGCAGUCUAACUUGAUCACUGAUGAUAAUGAUGAUAAUGAAAUGUGCUUAUUUUGAAAUUUUGAUAUGUGGACAUAGCUUUAAAUAGACAGCGUCCUUUAAAGAUUUCCUCCUAGUGUGGUGUAGUCUACUCGUCGUGUUCGUGAAAUGGCCGACUAUGCCAAAGGUCCUUGUUGACAGUUUGUCAUACUUAGUGCUUCAAGAAUUCAUAGUAUUAUAUUUUGAUGACAACCCACCUAUAUAUCCUAAUCAAGUCACAUGAUGGUCACAUGACUUCUAUUAUUGUUCAUCAUUCCCUUGUGCUAGUCGUAGUUGCACCUGCCCGACCCCCCACCCAAACAAGUUGUACAUCACUGUCCUUUUGUUAUUCUUUGUACUGUGUCACGGAUAUGUCCCAAUGUUAUUUGGUGGCCCAAAUAGCGUACCGGUGCUUACUUCCCAUUGGUCAUCUGUUGUUGAGGGUAUUACGGUUGGUCCCAUGGAAAUAAUUCAUGUCAGUAUUUAUUUCAUUUUUUUUUUCAUAUAAGAGAUAUUAACAAUCAAAAGUUCAUUCUCAUUUCUCCGAUUCCAUAGCUGAUAUAAUAUUUUACAUCAAAUCAUUACAUCCCGAAUCAAAAUCCAGUGAGGUUGUUAUUCCGAGUUUUGGAUGCUCCCCACACCACCCCUUAUUAGGAUGUAUUCAUUUCAUUCCCAUCAUGCAGUGGAAUCUCAGCUUCCUCGACAGGGUAACCUAUCAUUUCCAAAACAAAAUUCAAACGUACGCCAAAUCUGACAUUUUGCUAUGAGAUACCUUUUCCGACUUGAUACUCAUUAAGUUUUAGUGAAAACCGUUCAGUUUUUUGUAAUAAUGUUAAAUAUUGCCAAUAUUUUAUGAUUCACUAAAGUCUUUUUGCAUGUGUUUUUGAUAAUGUUUUCAUUUUAACCUUUUACAUCGUAAGAGCAAAUCUACUUAUGUGAAGUAUAUGUACUUAAUGCAUGAAGAAUGUUCACUGUCAUUCUUGUGUCUACCAACCACCGAUUAUUUUACAUAUCUACAAUGUUACUUAAUUCACACUUGCAUUGACUGCUGAUACAAUACAUGCCUUUUUUUCUGGCUACUUCUAUGGUGACCAACCAGUGGCCAUUUUCAUAUGUCAUCACAGAGUUGUUAUUUGUUUGACUUGUAUAUUCUGUCUUUUAUUUGCAGAUGUAUUGAAGUUUUAGUCAUAUACCUUAUGUUUUUGAUCAUGUCAGACUCAAGUUAUAGACAAUGUCACACUAUGGCCAGGCCUGACACACAGGACCAUUGCCAUGUUUGUUGGUUGUUUUUUUGUCUACCAAUUGAGGUUAUUUUGUUUUUGUUUUGUGAGAUACCCAGGUUAAAGAAACAUAGUUGUAUGAUUACUGAGUAGUGCAAUUUAUUCCCACCAAAACCGGUUCAUGUGUUCGUUAAAACAAUCUAGUCUUUGUGUGGUCGCUGUCACCUUGGCAACCCACUCAAUUCAUCACUGCAUCUCAGUGUCAGUCAUUCUGAUUAGUAAACAAUUAUCUCCCUUUGUAAGUCCAACCUAUGUAGUUGUCCCCCUUUGUAUACUUCAUAUUGAGAGUUGUUCCCCUUUGUAUACUUCAUAUCGAGAGUUGUCCCCUUCAGUUCAGAAAGUAUUCCGUGAAUAUGCCACACAGUAUAUGUUAAGAUUUUACUUUAUUGACUGUACUGUUGUAAGCAUUAAAUAGGAAGGCGCCAUUUUGGUUCUUUGUGUCCCUCAAGCCAUUUGAAUUUCUGACCAAAAAAAACAAAAACACAAUGAAUGUUUUUAUUUCGGCUUAAACUGAAAACACUGUGUGAAAAGAAAACAAGAAUUAAUUGUUCUGCUAUUGUCAAAUAAAUUUAAAUUAAGUUAUUUUCUCUGUUUCUGACAUGCUCUUCAGUCUAAUAUUCCAGUCCAGGUAUUGUGGGAAACAUUGAAAUGUAAAAUGGCUUCCUAUUUGUAACCAAAGGGUUGACACCUGUUGUCUACUGUUCAGCUAUAGUAGAUGUCAUAUCAUUAUUGUCACACAUUCCUAAUUUCAUUUCCUCAAAGACAUGUUUAUAUUUUGACUUGAGUUCUCAAUGUCCCAUCAGAAUGGUGUAAUGUGUGUUUGUGAGUGUGUGUAGCAUGUGUGUGAUCCCACGCCUCUCUAGAUCAAGUUUAUUACUGUCUACAGUUCACGUAUCAAAUAUGAUUGUCGCACUCUCUGUGUCAAAGAUAUUUUGAAAUGAUGUAAAUGUUGAUUCCCACCAAAAUUCGAAUGCCUUAAAUUGUUUCAUUGUUUUGUUUCCUGAGAUGAAUAUUAAAAAGAUGGAACAAGUCAGGCCCUAGUCUUUGCAUAGUCUGAACAUCAUCGGAAAGCUGCUCCGUCUGCCAGCGUGGCGUGACGGGGGGGGGGGGACAAAGAUAUUGUUUUCUGAUGUCUCUUGUGAAAAGGUCCUUCAGCUAGCUUUGGUUGUGUCCAUUCUGUCCAUUCGAAAUUGUGUGAAACUGACCAUCUAAUGGGAGACGAGACAGGCCAGUUUAUGAGAAGUCGUUUCGGUGAAGCCGUUACCAGUUGAAUUUGAAACACAAGGUUUGUGAUAGGGGAAUAUGUCUGAUGUCAGGGCGAGAGUUUCAUGCUGCCCAAAGCUAGCAACAAGGCUAACGAUUCGGUUAUUUGGACCGAUACCAAACAAGGGGUUCAGAUUUGCAAAGCAUAGGGUCUUUGUAUGGCAUUAAGACUAGGCUCAAAGUCUGUCUGAGAAUUAUACUUUAAGAUUGUAACAUUGUGGCUAAAAGCACUGUUUCUAAUGUAUGCAAAUUAUAACGCAAUCUGUAAAUGAAUAUUGAUAUUUUCUUCUGCAAUAUAUUAAAUAUGUUAUUAUGAAGGCAUGUAUGUGUCCGGGUUUUGACACAAGGAGCUAAAAUUGAGUCUGUUUUCAUGUUAUAUACACCUGUCUCCCACAUGUAUUUUGUUGUUUUAAUUCGUUGGAGGUUAUUCUUUUGAAUAAUCUCAACAUGUUCAAAGCAAUACUGCUAAUGAUCUACUUUUUUGAGGUUGUUUUAUUGUUCCAUUAUGACCCAUCAUUAUGCAUGUCACAAGAUGCUGUUUAUAUUUCAUGCAAAUUUUCUAAACCUACUACAGCUGAUGCUACUGACUGAAAACCAUUUCCUUUUUAUCACCUAGCCUGUUGAAAUUAAUCUAUAUUUUUAGACAUUGUUGACAAAAUGCUGUGGUUUGGAGCCGUAAGCAAAUAGAAUUACAUCGGAGAAUUUUUUUCAUGUUUGACAUGUACUAUAUUCUUGAGAACAACUUGUGUCGUAAAUGGAACACCUGAGUUGAUUUGAACUUCCGAAAAAUGCCUAGAGUUCUUCCAAGUGCGUGUGAUGUUGUUGACCCUUUGUCUAAACCCGGACGGUUGAGUCGACUGAUUCUUCCAGGAUUGGCGAUGACAAGAAGUCUAUUCCAUGUCGUGCUGACGCCCUCGGACGCCGGACGCUGUUAUAUGGCAAUAACCUGUAUUUAGUAUUAAGGUCUAUUUUGGUAAUAGAUCCCUUUGUAUAAGGCUUGUCCACUGCUGCGAAUUAAAUUUAUUUUCUAAGGAUACAACCUUUGAUAUUGAAUCAAUCAUGUUUCCAUUUAUGUGUGCAUUUAGACAUUUAUUUCCCUCCUGAAUUAUGGCAUGGAUGCCAAAAAACCAACUGUUUCCAAAGGUGCAUUUAUUGUCUUAGAAUCUCAAAUUCUAUCGUCUUCUCUGUGUGUCUGUAGAUGGGAGUUACCUCCCCUUAGUUGUGAUUGGAGAAAUUGUUGUGAGAGAAUGCCAUUGGUUCUCGUGUUGUGUGUGUCUAGUUUCUCUGUUCAUACCAAGGCCACAAGUCUUCGGACAUAUUUUCUUAUAUGAAAAUUGGUUGUUAUAAAUUUUCUUGGAAGACACAAGUCCUAUAUCAAGUGCUUGAAAUCAUAUUUUACAUGAGACCAAAAGUGCUUCGAAAUUUUGUAUUGUUAUGGCAACUAUAAGUUCUAUAAGCUGCUGUGCUAACAUUUGACCAAUUACUAAUAAUGGUCAAUUUAUGCUUUCUUCAAUUAAUUUAAUUAUGGAAAUCAAAAAGUCAAUAAAUUUUCAAAAUGUUUAUGUAAAUUUUGUGAACUCUUCUUAAGUUUGGCCAAGUCAGGACUGAUUCUAGAAAACUAUUCAAGUGUUAUGGAUAUUUGUUUAAUCAGCAGCUUGAGUGCUGUUAAUUUGUUGUCAUGAUGGUAGUAUUUGUUCUGUUGCCCCGAGAAAACCACGAGAGGUUAAUUUCUCUCAUUGUCAGCGGCUGUCAGCAUUGCUAAUGUCAAUCCAACCAAUGACAACGCGAGAAACUGCCCAGUGUAUAUUUUGUCGAAAUGUCUUCCUGCUAGGUGUAAUGUGUUCCUUUGUAUUUGAUGGUGUGCAAUUAUGCUAGAGAAAUGUACAAGUUAACACUGUAUUUUUACCACCGUUCUGUUUUUAUAGUAAUGUGUAUAUAGUGAGGAGACUGUUAGUCUUUGUGUUACUGUAGCUAAAAUGAUUGAGUCUACAUGCUUGUAUUCCCACGAUAUUGCCUCGAUUGUAUCUACUUAAUGAUCGCGCACUUGUUUAGUCAUGCCGCCAUCUCCAGGGCAAUACUUUUCGCCAUGUGUUUUGGAUGCGGCACCACUCCACUGUCUGUUUGUCUUCAUAGAUUUUGAGUUCCGAUCAGUUCUACUGCCACUGCUGCUGCCGCUGCCGCUGCCGCGUUAUUCUGUCUCGAGUAUUUGGACAGGAAGCCAGUUCAUUCCAUAUUGUCUCAAGUUAUUUUAGAAUUUAUUUAGUUGUUUAGUUUCGAGAUCCUUUGUUAUAGGUCUUAUUGUUUGUCACCUCUGGUGAUGCCAACGUUGGUAGUCUGUCGUCAUGGCAAUGUUACACCUUUUCACGAUGGAAAUUGUUUGAGGUAAUUAAUCUGGACUUGAAAUAUGUCGCUUCAAAGUCUAAGAUUAAUAUCAAUUUUUUCAAAGUUAAAUUUAAAAUUCAUAUUGUUUUUGUAAAUUUGUGAAUAAUUCAUAUUUGGUGAAAAAUAAGUUGUAUGAUGUCAUGACAAUAGCUGCUUAAUGUUUCAUCGGCAUGGUGAUUUAUGUGUUUUUUUACCGGUGUGUAUUGAGUUAUUCUAUACUGAGUAGACUGUUCCAAUGACACAUACUGCCUCAUUCCGCUCUCUCGCUCUCCAUACGUCAUUUAGAAGCUGUUGCAAUCACAGGCAAUCCAUUUUACAAACAGAUUAUGCUGAAAACUAGCAAUGCCACUUACUGCCGAUCUCAUCUAUCUUUUGUUGUCCAUUGCUGUUCAAUAGCAUUUAUUUGAAUGACCUUUAAGAGUAUGUAUAUAUGUAUUAUAUACAGGUUUAUUACGUUAUGUUUGCUGCAACCAUAUUUUACUGUUUAACCCAAGGAGAGGGGAGAGAGGAAUUAGAACUUUCAACUUGUCUGAAACUAUUUGGCUUCUUGCUUAAAAAUAUCCCAUUCUGAACCGAGGACCAUCUGUGCUCUUUGGGGUGUUUGGGCAAUGGGAGACAACUCCUGUUUGCCCGAGGCUGACCGAGGUUAAUGAGAAAAUGGAAUGAUAUGCGUCGUGUCUCCUUGUGACAGUCUAUUCAGAUGUGGCCAUGUUUAGUCCUACCUCACGAGGAACUGAUUUUACUGAGUUAGUUAAUUUGUUAAGGCUGUUUUUAUUCUGUUCGAGGACCCCAACAGUGGAUGUGUACAUAUCAGAUUUGAAGACUUGGCAAACAAGCCAUUUUUUUUUUGGGCUUCUAGUGGAUGCUUGGUCUUGUCUUGUUAUGUAGAUGUUCGUACAACCAGUUGUCAGUUGUGAAGCCAUCUAUGUGUAGAUGAUAGUUCAAAAUAAAGAGUACAUCUGAAAACUA